AAAAAACGCUUCGUGAGCGAGAUACAAGGAGGAAGUGAACCACGGCGAGACACUAUAGAUCAUCUUACAGGGAAAAGAAAGAAAAAAAAGAGACGGAGGGUUCUCAAUUUUAUCAUGAAAUGCAAAUAAAGUAUCUCGCAGCAAUCGCAUCGAUAACAAAUUCCACGGAAUUUGACUUUCAAUCGCAGUGAUCCAGGAAUGGGCAGAGCGAAGCAUCAAAAUUCAUCACAAGAUCCCCAGCAGCUGUGAGUGUUGGUUCCUUUUACAUUUUUCUUCUUCAAGUUUUUUUUUUGUUAUUCGUGGCCUUUGUGGCAAUGUUGCGCAGGGAGUGGAUUGAGUUUGCAGGAUUGACUGGUUUUAUAACCGGAGUGGCAUUCCUGGUAACGCGAAAAAUGGUCAAGAGGAAGGUCUUUACGCGAUCUAGUGUUAUUCUCAUCACGGGAUGUGAUUCAGGACUUGGCUACAAUCUGGCCAGAAAGUGCCACGCAAUGAAUAUGACCGUUGUGGCGGGUGUGCUCAAUCCCACUUCUCAGGGAGCAAAGAAUCUCUGCCUUUUCCCAUCAAAUGAAAUGAUUGUUACGCAGCUUGAUCUCCUCCGCGGAGAGACAAUCUCUCAGGCUCAUCGUAUUGUCCGGGAGUUGCUGAGUCGCUGGCCAGAUGGGCAAUUCUACGGCCUCGUCAAUAAUGCCGGUGUGAUGGUUUUUGGGGAAUUUGAAUGGCAAACAAGUGAGAUUUUCAGGAAGCAAAUAGAAGUGAAUCUCCUGGGUACAAUGAUCAUCACGCACACCUUCCUGCCCCUCUUGCGGAAGCACCAGGCACGUAUUGUGAACAUCACGAGUCACUGUGGGCAUCAACCACUACCAGGAUUAGCCCCGUAUGCUGCCUCCAAGGCUGCUCUUGUGUCCUGGACGGAAGUUUUGCGGGUUGAAAUGAAGAAAUUUGGGGUGAAUGUUGUGGAAUUCAUUCCGGGAUCAUUCGUGACGGGUUCGAAUAUUGCAGCUGGGCAGAAGGAGGCUGCUUCUGCAAUGCAGGCAGCCUUCACCGAGGAACAGGAAGCACUCUACGGGGACUAUUUUCAGCGCUACAAUGAUUAUUUGGGGUGUAUUGAUGACAUGAGGAAUGCCCUAGCUGAGAGUCAUCCAAAACUCAUUGAGACAUUCGAGGAGGCUCUACGGGCGGAGCGCCCCAAAGCGAAGUAUCAAGUGGAGCCUUUCAGAUACUUCUUCUACCACUGGCUCUUCAGAUUGUCCCCAACGGUGUGGCUGCGAGAUUAUUUUGUGGAGAAAUUCAUGAAUAUGCCGCAGUUCGAGAGGUGCAAAUUCGUGGAAAAGGCAAGAGGAGAAAAGUCUCGCAACAAUACUAGUGGUGGUGGUGGCAGCGAUAAUUGAGAUGAUGUUGUGAAGAUAAAAAGUUGAAGAAUCAACAAAAUUCAAACUGA